GAAAAAUAUUGAAGAAGGGUUGCCAAAGCUGACCGCAGAAUAGGAACAACUAAUAGUAAUUCUUAUUCUGUGGCCAGACCUUGAAGAAAAGUAAAGUUCGCGAGCCUUGUGUGCUAAAGGCCAAAGCAAAAUAUAAAAGCAAAGAUGUGUCCAAUAAAGAAAAAAUUUUUGGUUGAUGGUGGCAUUAACUCGAUUGGUGAGAAAAAGGAUGAGAACAGAAAAGCAAACAUAAGAGUGAUGUACUUAACAAUGACAAUGACCAUGUUAGGGAUAGCAGUAGGUGUGUCGUCAACCUGGCCAUAUCUGCAAAAAAUUGACUCAGAGGUUAGCCCAGAGUUUUUAGGCUGGACAAAUUUUGGAUUUAAUCUCGUGGCAAUAGGCUCUGAUGUGCUGCUUGGAAGAUGGAUGCAUUUGAGGUCUUGCAGAGAACCACUUAUAGGUUCCAUUUUUGCUGGAAUCCUGUCUGGGCUGUUAUAUGCAAUUGCGCAGGGUGUUGGAGGGGAUAAUGGACUAUGGAUUGUCCUUGUUUCCAGAUUAUUCCUUGGCUUUACCAGAGGUAACCUGACAAUAACAAGGGCAGUGGUAUCAGAAUCAACUACACCAGAGGAGAGGUCCCAUGCCAUGAUCAAUUUAGUCAUUUCAAUGACAGGUGGUUUCGCUUUGGGGUCAGGUAUUCAAGCACUGAUCUCACUACUUGGUGAAAGAGAAUUAUAUAUUAGUGCCCUAAGACUACAUUUCAACUUGUAUACAAUUCCUGCAUACCUCCUUGUAUGUCUUGGCAUCAUCAAUGGAUUACUUAUUUUCCAUUUCGUCAAAACGGCUCCUAAAAAAGAAGAGUCGAGGCGCCAGACCGAUAAAGAAGAAAAGCCUUUUAAAGGAAAACUGCUCACUUGUUUAACGUUAAUCGGGAUGUUUGCAAUUACCAAUUUCUGCUUAUCACUCAUGGAGACUUUAACAACCCCAUUUGUGCAACACCAGUUUUCACUGACAAGAGCCAAAGCUGUCUGGUACGGUGGAAUAGUCUUCACAUGUCAAGGUCUUAUCGGAAUUUGUCAGCAAGGAGUUCUUAGAUUUCUUGUUUUGAGAUUUUCUGACCGUCUUGUUGUAGCAGUUGUUUAUGGCUGUCUGAUGCUAUCCUUUCUACUUUAUAUACCACUUGGAAACACACCACUGAUGGUUGCAGAGGAAUUCGCUGGCAACAUCACUCGGAAUGGCACUUCGGGACAGCAGCAGUUUGUGGGCUGCCCAGCAAGUUUUGAUUGGUGUAGAGACACUCCCCAGAUUUGGAUGCCACAGUAUGUGUUUGGAGCCGUUUUUUUUGCCAUUGGCUACUCUUCUUGUCUAGGUCUUUUGGUAUCAAUUUACACAAAAAUUGUUGCUGCAAAAAGACAGGGAAAAGUUGUCAGCUUGAUAUCAUCAUCUGGUAAUUUGGGACGUCUAACGGCACCCAUCCUAGGAUCAACUUCUUACGUAACCAUUGGACCAGGCUACACGUAUACGUGGGUAUUCUGUGCAUUGCUAGCCUUCUUUUUAGCAUAUUUAAUUCAGUUCAAGAAAAUGAUUCCGAGUCCCGUGAAACUGGACCAAGACGAGUUUUCCAUCAACGAGAGUGAAUCGGCAGAUGAUCUUGUACUUUUUGUUACCCCAGUCUAGCCCUUUUUUAAUUACAAUCCGUUCUCAACCUUGAAGAAACUUGAGAAGGUGCAAUAAUAGAGAAGAUACCGUAUUUAAGACCCCAUCCACCGCUGUAACAUCUUAUAUUGGUUUCGAUAUUGCACCUUCGUUUAGUUAACUUAUAAUAGCGACUACCGCUUGAUAGGCCCUCCCUCUAAUAAGCGUCGUUUCAUUUACAAAUAGUUUCUCAAGGACCACCGUUAAUUAGGAUUUCGCGACAACAACCCCCCCCCCCCCGAACCCCUUUUAUCAGCGAGGCACUUCCCAACUUAAAACUUCAAUCGUUUUCUUUUAAAGAAUGCCUUGCUUCAAGUAGAAAGGAUUUUUCUUUUGCUCACUUUUCAAAUAACAUCGUCAUUAAUUUUUCGCCUCACCUUCGCACGCAAAUUUCUUAUUAGCGCAGCAAAGCCAAUUAAAAGUUAUACGGUAUAUUUUAUAAAUUGUUUGGGAAUAAUUCUUCUUGAAAUUUUGACUAGAUUUUGUAACUUUUUUUAAAAAAGAUGUUGAAUGUUUUUCAGUUAGCGAUCUUUUAUACAAGUUGCAACUGGCUUGACAAAGGUUAAAAACCUUGGAAAAUUUUUUUGUUUCGUGAUAUAUGCAUUGCUACAAUCCUGGCCAAAAGUUAUUGGACUGGCUGGCAAAUUGUAGUAUUGUAGUAAUUGUAGUAAUAUUUUUGCGGAAAAGUUGCAUUUUUAAUGGUUUUUUCCUCCAGUCCACUAACACUAACCUUUUGGCCAGGAUUGUAGAUAUUUAUUUAUCGCCUUGAAUUAAACCCCUAGGAAUACAUCCUUGUAUGUAAUUUCGCAAAUUUUUUGCAGAUAGAGUAUCAGAUUUUCAUCUCUUUCAAAUUUCAAUGCCAUGAAAUGAAAAACGAAUUUUUUU